GUUGCAGUAGGCUGCGAAAGCCCCUUCCGCAACAAGACGAUUGUUGAUUGUUUAUACCGUUGAGCUCGCUGUAUAUUCUCGCGAACUUUUACGCAACUUCGAAUCACGAAAAAAUGGGACGAAAGAGGUGAAAAACUCCCUUUUUCAUCGUAAAACGUAUAAGUGGCGAGUGAGAGAAUGAUUUGUAACGGAAAAAUAUUUUACGGCGAUGCCAAAAUCGCCCGCGUAGGAACUUUAGUGUAAAAAUGAGAUUUUAAAUGUGUUUGUUGUUGUAUUUAUACGUUAGGUAAUUCAUUUAAUAAAGAUGGAAGUAGUCACUGGCAAUAAAUUAAUCAAAAACAGAAAGAUUCACUUCACUCGAAGCGCGAAAACGAAAAGUUUGAAUAGAAAUCAUAGUAUUAAUAACAAAAAUAACCGAAUAUCCAGGUCUAACUCGCUGAGAAGUUCUUUUAAACAUAACAAUAAGAAUAAUGGCACUAAAAACAUCGAGGAAAUUAACAACUAUAUAAACAAUAAUAGCAGGCGAGACGGGCAGAAUCGGGAAGAUCAGGAGGUCUGUUUUGGCGAAUUCACCAGAGAGGUGUAUAAUGCCAUCUGCGUGCGUUUAGGCGAUACUCUACACAUUCCGGAAGAUUCUGUACAGGCUUUGUUUAAUGAUAUGAAACUAUUUCCGUCCAAAUCACAAGUGACAAAAAUGAUCCAGUGUGCGAGGCAAUGUAGUAGGAGAAAUGGUGCAGCAGACUUCAUCACUUUUGGAGAAUUUUGUGUUUUCGUCAAGGAAAUGCAAAACCAACCUCCCAAACAGCAAAGAAGGUCUACACCUCCAAAAAUUAAUAAUACAAAAUGUCUAAAUAGUAAAUGUGAUGUAUUCCUUGGAGGAUCCUGUAACCCAACAACAUGGAGAGCAGAUACAGCAAUUCCAGAGUUACAAAAACAUGGCAUCUCUUUUUAUAAUCCUCAAGUGUCAAUGUGGGCUCCUGAACUCGUGGCACAAGAGUAUGAUGCAAAGCAGGCAGCUUCAGUGUUACUUUUUGUGAUAGAUAGCCAAACUAGAAGUACAGUGGGGAUGAUAGAAGUCGCCUAUCUCAUAGCUUCUGGAAGGUGUGUUGUAGUAGUUGCGCAGCCUUAUGAAAAGGCACAGACCAUAAUGGGUGAAGUUAUAACAGAUAGGGAAUAUAGAGAUUUAGUAAACGCACAAAGAAUUUUAUUGGAUCUGGUUAAAAGUAAGGGGGUAAAAGUCCACAAAAACCUCACUACGGCUCUACAAUGCACUGCAAAUAUCUUAAGAAAUUCUUCUACGAAUGGUACCAGCGCAGAGGAACAAAUUACAAGUAAACUUAGGAAACUAAGGGAUAUAUAUGACUCCUAUGGAGGCGGGAUGAAGCCAGCAAAUGUCUUGGAAGCGUUCAAAAAGUUAACCAACCGUUCCCUAGAAAUGAACCAAGUAUACAAUUAUCUAAACUCCACGAGCAAUUACAACAAUUCCACAGUUAGCUUCGAGAAGUUUUGUGCCUUGAUGGCGGAGUUUUCAACCACGGACAACUGCGAAAUGUGUACGACAGAUGGUAGCGUCUAUUAUACUCCAUUGUAUUGGAAGUGUGCACUUUUGAAGACUAGGGUUUUCUUUAAAUCGGUUUUUGAUAAUACUUUAGUUUGGGCGACACAGUCUUUCCAGAGGCAAUGUUCUACAAAUAACAACAGUUGCAGUCUCAACAACACGCACGUCAGUUGUCUAAUGGAAGCCCCUCCGGAGGAAACCAACGACGAGAGUGUUCCCAGCAGUGAUAUAUUUUUAGGUGGUUCCAUGUCGUCGUUACAUAAAUGGAGAAGCGAGAUAGCGAUACCUUUAAUCAAAGAACACGGAUUGAAAUACUACAAUCCUGCAUUGAGGGAAGGAGAAUGCUAUACGUUUAAUGGCUGUGAUGAAGAUAAGUAUAUCCGAAGCAAUUCCUCAGAUGUUCUAGAUUGGAAAAAGGGCCUAGACAAAAGUAAAGUACUACUAAUUGUGAUCACGAACGACACUCGAUCAAUGACCAGCAUCAUUUUGGCAGCUUUCUAUUUGGGUCUUAAUAAAGAUAUGGUCUUGUGCAUCCAAAAUCUUCCAGAUGAUUGUAUGAUCGGCAAAGAAACGUUAACGAAAAAUGCCGUCAAAGAUUACAACAGAGCGAGAGUGUAUCUGUCGGACUUAGCGAACAGGAAACAAGUGCCGGUCUUCGACAACAUCACGAAAGCCGUCGAGUGCGCGAUAGAAAAGUGUAAGAGCAGGUAGAACUCGAUUGGGAGAAGAAGAACGGACCCGAAUCGAAAAUUUCGCGGUUGGUCGUUUCUCAAUCGUCCGUCGUUUUCUCUCUGAAAAAUUACGUUAUCCUUUGAAGGCUGCUCUCUCUUGGGGAAAUGUACCGAUUGAAAUUACGCUUCAUCACGUUGUUAGGUCAGUUUUUUCAAAUUUUCUUCGUAAAAAAAUUGCCCGAGGUAUAAUUUAUCGAUACACUAAAAAGAACUGUGAUAAUAAAAUGUUUUGUUAAUGUCAAUUGCCAAUUGUCAUUGUUAAAAUGUCAAUGUUUAUUUUAAAUUUCAAAUAGUAAAACUCAUUUUAAUACAGCUGUCUGUGUAACUUUCUGGAGAAACAUGAGUAAGUACCACACGCUCAACAGAAACUACUGUGGAAACGACUAAUAAUAUUAAAAACUCUUCUAACAGAAACAAAUAAUAGUCCAAGAGGCAGCGCUGAAAAAUCUCUUUCAAUUUACUAAAGCUAGAUUUUUCACAGUUGAUUACUGUGAUUGUGUAGAGAAACAUACUGCGGUCGGUCAAGCGAAACGUAGAACAGGGGUUAUUGAGAGGGUAUCAAAGUUGCUUUCCUACGAAGGUAAUUAAAUCCAUUUACUAAGGCUGAAAAUCAGUACACACAUUCUAAAUUAAAUAUAAAUAAAAGUUAUUAUAGUCGGUCAGCUGUAUGACGGGACAGAGCCGGUCGGUCGGCCCCAGUGAAUGUACAGGGUUAUUCACUAUAUUUUGACCCCCUUGUAAACUGUUUUAUUUACAGAAUUAGAAAAAAUGUAAAAUACAAAAGUUAUUCUAUUUUUAAAUUAUGAUUUUUUGACAUAUAUAUCGUACUAGUCACGUCAUCCAUUUGGGCGUGAUGACGUAAUCGACUAUUUUUUUAAAAUGGGAAUAGGGGUCGAGUGCUAGCUCAUUUGAAAGGUUAUUCAAUUCCCUAUUCAGUAAUAUUAACAUUAACAUGAUUAAUUAUACAGGGUGUCCAAAAAAAGUUUUUUAAUUAAAUUAAUUGUUAAAUUAAUUAAUAAUUCAAAAACUUUUUUUGGACACCCUGUAUAAAUAAUGAUCUUAAUGUUUAGAGUACUGUAUAGAGAAUUGAAUAACCUUUCAAAUGAGCUAGCACACGACCCCUAUUCUCAUUUAAAAAAAAUAGUCGAUUACGUCAUCACGCCCAGGUGGAUGACGUCACUAGUACGAUAUAUAUCUCAAAAAAUCAUAAUUAAAAAUCGAAUAACUUUUGUAUUUUACAUUUUUUUCUAAUUCUGUAAAUAAAGCAGUUUAAAAGGGGGUCAAAAUAUAGUGAAUAACCCUGUACAUUCAUUGGGGCCGACCGACCGGCUCUGUCCCGUUAUACAGCUGACCGACUAUAAUAACUUAUUGACAUUCAAUUUAGAAUGUGUGUACUGAUUUUCAGCCUUAGUAAAUGGAUUUAAUUACCUUCGUAGGAAAGCAACUUUGAUACCCUACAGUAACCCCUGUUCUACGUUUCGCUUGAUCAACCGCAGUAUGUUUCUCUACACAAUCACAGUAAUCAACUGUGAAAAAUUUAGCUUUAUUAAAUUCAAAGAGAUUUUUCAGCGCUGCCUCUCCGUCUAUAAGUAGCGUCUAAUAGCUACAAAUCCAAAUUUGUUAAAAAAAUUACAGCAACAUUUUCGUCGUUAUGGCUGUUCACAGCCAAGAAAAAUCGCGCCCAAACAAUUAUAGUAGAAACAGAUCCUAUUCGAGUAUAUGUAUGUGUCGGUCAAUAAGCCCGGGCCUAGCUAGUAAAACAACAUUUUUUUGCAAACAUUAUUCUCUUUAUAUCACUUUUAAGAUAUAUCUUUUAGAUCUAGAUUUAUCUUUCCUUCAAAAUAAGCUUCAGUUUCAGCGUUUACUUACUCAUCGGAGCGAUGUCACUUGCCACGGAGCAUUUUUUUAAAUCGGAAAAAAGGUGGUAAUAGCUGGGGGCCAGUUCUGCACUACCCGGUGGGUGCAGAAGCAAUUCCAAAUCCAAUUCGUGCAUUUUUGCCAUCGUUUUCAUCUACUUUUUCUUGAACAAAUAAAGCUUGUACGAUUUCAUUUAUUGUCAAUGAAAAUAAUUCCAUACUGGUUGCAGAACCUUACCGGUGGUGUGUUACGUCUUUGAUCGCUUUGGGCGGCUUUUUUUGGGUGCUCUCCAGUCGGAUAACUGCCGAUUUAAUUCCGUAAUUAAGUGAUGGAUUCAUGUUUCAUCCAAUGUAACAUACCGACGCAAAACUCGCACUUAUUCCGAAAAGUAUGUUCAAACAGCGUAGAGAUUCAUCAAUUCAUUGUUGUUUUUGCUCUGGUGUGAGAAAACGCGACACCCACUUGUAAAACAGCUUUGUAAUAUUAAAAUUUUCAUGUAUAAUAGUCAAAAUGCUACCUUUAGACAACUUUACAGUGUUCAAGCUAUCUCUUGCAACUUCACGCUGCAGUUUUCCAUAAUAAUUUUCAGCAGUUUUUCGAUGUGGUCGGGAAUAAUAGCAUCAUUUGACAUUCCGGAGCGCUCAGCAUCAUUGGUGUCGGUACGACCGCGUUUGAAUUCAGCAAACCAUCGAUUAAUUGUUGUAAUCGAUGAAGCAGAGUCCCUGUAACACUUUUUGAGCUGUUGCUCGGUUUGGAUGGUAUUUUUCCCAUCAAAUAAGUGGAUAAAUCAACACGAAAUUGCUCUGUAUCCAUUGUUCAUAAAAAUCACAAAAGUAGCGUCACUUCAAACACUGUAACUCGGUAAAUAAUAAUCUGAAUGACACGAACAUUUUGACAGUCUGCUUUUGAAGGGUAGGACGAGCGAAAUGUCAUAAAUUCAAUAUGAUAAAUUCAUUAGAGUUGCCAUCUCUGGAUUAGGCCCUGAACUUAUUGACUGAUUACAACUCACCGCUACUCUUUCUAACUUCUAUUGUACGAUUGUUCGGCCAACUAAUAUGCCGUCCUAAAGAUUAUCACGUAGUGCUCAUGCAUUUGACGCGCAUUUUCUUGGAUGUAAACAUAUAGUAAUUCCACAACAUAUUGCGUUGAAUCUUUCAAAUUUGUGACAUUUUAUUGUUUAAGUAAAAAUAUUUAGAGGUUUACGUCCUGUUACAGAAGUAUGAACAAUAAUAUAGGUCGUUUUUCACAGUAGGCUGACCUCGUUGGGCGCGUUGUAUCCUAGAGACAUAUAUACUAUUUUUUGUCCAAAAUUAUAGACGAUUUUAUUUACAUUUCCUGUAGAUUAUUGAUGUUUUAUCUACUAAAUUAAUUUGCACAAUAUUUCAGCCAAAUUCAUUAUUUUUUGUAGAUAUAUUUAUAUAUCGGGCGUACCUGUAUCACAAAAAACUGACCUAAUUUGGUUUUAUUUAUUUAUUCCGAGUGUUUUUAUGUAGCAUAUUUUUGUAAUAAAAGUUGGACUUGUCUGUUGCCGGUUAUGUCGUUGUUAACUACUAAAAUUUGAAGUUGUAUUAGAAAUUCUAAAGGUAAAUCUUAAGAUUGAAUUUGAUAAAUUAAGAAACACUUUUAUUAUUUGAAUUACCUAAUUAUUGUUAAUUAUAGUUAUCGUUAAUAUUAAAAUUACGUGUAAAUUGUUACGCACCAUAUGUCGACAGCUAUACUUUUUUUUAUUAUUAUACAGGGUGUAACAAAAAGGCAGAUCGUGAAAUAAAUCAUAUAUUCUGAGACCAAAAAUAGUUCGAUUGAACCUAACUUACCUUGGUACAAAUGUGCACAUAAAAAAGGUUACAGCCCUUUGAAGUUAUAAAAUGAAAAUUGAUUUUUUUCCAAUACAAUAUCGAAAACUAUUAGAGAUUUUUUAUUAAAAAUGCACAUGUGGAAUUCUUAUGGCAGGUUCAUCUCUCAUUAACAGUGAAAUUUGUACACCCCAUAAAAAUUUUAUGGGGGCUUUGUUCCGUUAAACUACCCCAAACUUUUUUGUACGUUCCUAUUAAAUUAUUAUUGUGGUACCGUUAGUACAAGGUUUUUAAAACUUUUUUGCUUCAAAGUUAGGUUAAAUCGAACUAUUUUUGGUCCCAGAAUGUGAUUUAUUUUAUGAUCUGCCUUUUUGGCCUACACCCUGUAUUGAAAGUAAGAAGUAAUUUACAUAAAACGCAAAGGGUCACCUACGAAAUAUUCGAAAAAAAAAUUCUUAGAAAGUAAUAGCCAAUUUUUUAGAUUUAUUGUUAGCCAAUUUACAAAUUUUGCCAGAUGACACUGGGAGAAUAAUAUGUUAAAUUUGUCCAGAAAAGUCAACUUGAAUUUGUUCUUGAUCGUUUUAAUUAAGUUCUUUUAUGCAUCUUACAAGAAGCGCACUUGACAAGUAACAAAAUAACUUAAUGAUUAAAAAUCCUGUGAAGGGAUGCUAUCCAGUGCCACCAGUGUUUUUUUCUUCUUCAGCCUGUUUGCACCCACUCCUGGACAAAGGCCAAACUCUCCACUCUUCUCUGUUUAUGCUAUUUAGUACCAGUUUCCCCCCACUUUUGCUUUGAUGUUGAAACGAUGGCUAGAUGACAUCACCAGUAUUUUACAUGAUCAAAAUUCCUUGCUAUAUUCUUUUUCAACCUUCUGACCAUUGUAUGUGUAUUUAAGAGCUCUAGAAUUAACAGAUUCAAAUAAUCUGUUACUAAAGUUGUGGUUAUAGAUAUAAUAACAUCUUGUUUGGAAUCUUAAGGCAUUCACGUCUGCUUUGAUUCAAUAUAUCAACCAGCUUCUAUUGAUUUUUUAAUUCAUGGAGAUGUAGGUAGCUCUAGAUACUGUACUUUUGGUGUGAAUAUUGCACUAAAACGGUCUUUUUUCCAUUUCAUUUUAAUUCAGAUUCAUUUUCAGCCAUUGAGUGCAUAUAUUUAUAAAUAACAUCCGCACGUCUAAUGCGCAUUAGACGUGCGGAUGUCAAGUAACAUCAGCACGUCUAAUACGCGGAUGUCAAGUAACAUCCGCAAGUCUAAUACGCGGAUGUUAAGUAACAUCCGCGCAUUAAUACGCACGAAUUAAACUGCAUUAUAUGUCAGAUAAUCACUAUUAUUUGUCAGUGAAGCAGAGGCGGGCGGUCAAUUCAAAUCAAAGCUGACGAAAGAUAUUCUAUAAUGUUUAAUUAUUCUCAGAAAUUACUGGCAUUAUGAAAUAUAUUUAUGAAAUAAUUGAUUAAUGUUUAAAAAAAAAUUAAACCUCGGUGACCCUUUCAUAUAUUCGUAGUGACUUUAGGUUCGCUUUAAUUGAAGUUCCUCUAAACAUAAUAAUGGCGGCUACUUACCUCAGUUAAAUCAUUUUUUUAUAUAUAUUUAAGUAUAGUUGUAACAUUUUGUGUUAAAUGCUGAUAUUAUAUGUAUACAAGAGCAUCACUGAUGAUUUUAUCAAUAUUUUGUUCUCGUUGUUUUCACACUGUUUAUAUAUACAUAAUAUAUACGUAAAAUCGUUAGGAAAGAUUUAGAGCGGGAGAAUUUAGUAUUUAGGAAUAAUUUAUUUCAAAGUAUGGAGUUGUCUUUAAGAGUGCAAUCAGUUUUGAUAGUUCUAUUACUAAGGUGAAUAGAGGGAUUUUAUCCUACGGAAAGUCCAGUAGUUCUGAUGACAGUCCAUUAUGUCAAGUGGCCACCACAUGGUCCUUUGAGCCUGAUUCGCUCGUUUACGGUAUAAUAUGUAUAAUCAAAAUAUAAAAUACUCAGAACUACAGGAAUAUUGCUAGAAUGAAAUCCAUUUUUGAGUCUAUUCACUCGUAGUAUGAUUCUUCCAUUGAAAUGUGUACUUAAACCUGUUUUGUUAGGUAGAAUUGUAGAUAAUGUGCAUUUAUAUUAUAAUUUCGAUAUCCCCAGUCUUCACUAAUAGAAAACCUCUAAAAUAAUAUAAUCUAACUGUAAUUUAACGUUUUCUAUUUUAUGAGUUCACUAUAACACUUGUCUUGGGAUAUAUUAUUAAAUCGAGAAACGCUGGGGUUAGAUUAAAAAUCAAAAUCACCAAGUGCCUAUCAAAUCAAAAUAUUCACCAGAUAAAAUUUUUGGGGCGUACAGUAAAGCUAGGUAUUUUUUAUUCAAUGACUAUUGAGCGUUUUAUUGACAAGUUGUGUAUGGGAAUAGUGUAGAUCCAGUAUUUUUUGUUUGUUUUUUAUCAUUUGUGUAGUUUGUAAGAUGGACAUUUGAUAUAGUUGAGUUUUCAGUACAGAAAACCUUAUAAAAUUGCGUAAUUUUAUGAAAUAGUUAUAUACAUUAUACAUAUUGAACGCUUUUAGGGCUCACUUUCAAAAACUUUUUAGUGACGUUUCACAAUAUGACAGUAAAACAGAUAACUAGUGCAUUUCUUUUUCAAUUGGGGGCGCUUUCUCCAAAUUUUUUCGAUUAUCUUUCAUUUAAGGAUUGGUACAAUCUACCUAACCUGUAUGUUCUUACUUGCUCUCUCUCUCCCUCCCUGUUACUCUUUCUGUUGCACAGUGUGAUCCGGUUCCAAUUUUGUCGCGAAUAUUUUCUUGAAUAUUCAGCUGCACUGUUUUAUAUGUACUUAUUAUCUUUUAAUGAACGUCCCAAAUGUUUGAACCAUUACUCCUCUACUUCCUGAAAUACUGUUGUCUUAGUUUUAUUUUGAUUCUAGUGCAUGACAAAAAUAAUUAAUGAAAAUAUAUUAAUUGUUUAUUGUGUAAGCCUAGCGUUUUAAGUGCUUCAGUAUAUUUUUAUUAAAUCGCGAUAUUUAUUUUCUUUUUUUUUUCCAAAUGAUUGGUUACAUUUUGUUUUGGUCCGAAUGAAUUUGCUUUAUUAGCAUAUUCCGUCGAGUACGUCCAUUAUUUUUCAUUAAAAAUAUGGAUAUGUUACAUAUUAGUUGCUAAAGGCAUUAACAGAACGUAAUCGCUUUCCAGUAACUACCUCAAUACGUUAUUUCUAUUAGUAAGAAGAGCAUAUUCCAUUUAUAUUUUUCCCUGCAUUCUAUAUAAUGUAGUAACUUGUUAAUCUUCUUUCUUGGCUCUGCAACUCUAAGCGAGUCUUGGCCACGUUUACUAUUUUCCUCCACUUUUGCCGGUCUUAUGCAAUAAUCUCCCAUUGUUUAAUUCCCAUCUUACGUAGAUCACUACGUACUGCAUCCUUCCGUUUUUUUGUUGGGCUACCAACUGACCUGACAUCGGGCCUUUCCCAGAAGGUUGUAUUCAGUAGUAUUUCAUCAUUUGCUCUCAGUACAUGUCUUCCUGACCAUCUUAUGCGAUUUGCCUUGAUGUAUUAUACUGUUUUCGUUUCCAUAGAGCACCCCAGUCCCUGGUUGUGUUUUCGUCUCCACUCUCCUGUUAUCUCGUCUCUACAAGCCCCAAAGAUCGACCGGAGAAUCUUUCGUUCUAAGGGUAAGAACAGACCAAGUGGGUCGCCGUGGAGGUCGCGGUCGAUAUCCAUGUAAAACAAACACAUUGUAGUGAAUGGAAAAGAACAGAGCAAGUAAGUCGCGGUGGAGGUUUAGCGCGAUGCCAUCCAGGAGGUUUACAUCGAUGCUUUUGAAAAUAAAAUGAGUUUGUUUUACAUGGAUGUCUACUGCGCGGCCUACAAGGAUGAUCUGAGUUGAUACUUUUUAUAUAAUCCCUUUUUUGUAUUCAGUUUAUUUUUGAAUUUCUAAAGUAAUUAAAUUCAGUAAAUUUUUGCAAUAUGAAGGAGGAUCUGAUUAUUUACAGCUGACAUAUCAUCACUUGACUGACACAACAUCGCAAAAGCAGUCUUUUUGACUGACAGCGCGGGUGACCUCCUUGCUAUGUGCUGUCGAGAUCGACCGCGACUUAACUAGUAGCAUCUACCGCGACCUACACCUCCACCUCGACCCACUUGUUCUGUUCUUCCCCUUAGGCUAAUAAUAGUUGUUUCAUGCUGGAUCAGUGUUCAGCUGCUAAUUCAUGCUUUUUCAUAACUGUUUUCGGCUAUCAUCACUGCUUCCAAGUAUUUGAAUUCUUUGACAACUUCGAAAUUGAAUUCAUUUAUUGAAAUGUUUUGUCCUGGAUUUUUGGUAACUACCACGGACUUGGUCUUAUCUUCGUUGACUUUACGGCCAAUUUCCCUGGCCAGAUUCCAAAAAGGGUAAAAACUUCAUAGCAAAAGCUAAGUAGGUACCUUUGCCCUCUGGGCAGCGAAUCUAUUUGCUACUAACGGCGUGUUCUAAAGCGAAGUUGAAUAACAAAGGGGAAAGCUGAUCACCUUGUCUUAGACCCGUCUCGAUUUGAAACUCAUCUGAUGUACCGCUGCCAAUUCAGAUACGUGCACAUGGGCUAAUCCUACCAGCUUUCUGGGUAAAGUUUGUUUAGCAGAAAAUGGUUGACUUCAAUUAGUGCGGUCGUAAAUAUUAUUAAAUUUAUCUGACUUGGCCCAUUGUUAAGACCGGUCCGGAGCGAUAAGCGAACGAGGUAGACAGAGUUUGUCUUUUGACAAUUAACACUGACUAGACGGUACUCCUAUAAUAAAGCAAAGGAUCCACAAAAUUUUUACCUGAAAUAUGUAAAUGAAACAUAUUUAAAUUUUACAUGAAACCGGGCCUUUUAUAAUAUUAUCGGUUAACCCAGGAUGUUUUAAUUGAAGUCAACCAUUUACUGCUAAACCAACUUAACUCCCAUUUCCACCCUUACCUCCAUAAUGCGAACCUAAACAUGCUCCUCUGUAACGAAAUCUUCUGUCAUUUUUUAAUUUUGCUUUGUUCAUAUUCUUCUUUGCCAAACGUUUUCAACACAAAUUAUUUACACAGUAAAAAAAUGUAGGUCGAUGAAGACAGUUUUGUCAUUGAUUACAUGUAAAAAUUGUUGUAAGAAAUAUGGAAUGAAUAAACAUACAGAAUAAGCCAAAUAAAAAAGGAACAUAAAUAUGCAGUUAAUACAGUGUUGAUCGACUAUUUCAAAUCUACUUCCGAUACACUGUAUUAACUGAGUAUGUCCCGUUUUUUUUUGCUUACUCUGUAUAGCAGUUUUUACGUAAUCGAAAAACUCAACUACUCAAAUGUCCGUCGCAAAAUGAAAUGCUGCUAUUGAUAUAUCCGUUACUGCCCACUUGGAACGAUGUACGAGACAGUUUUUGUCUCUUCUGGAUUGUAUUGUACCUGAAAAAAUGUAUGAAGUUGAAUUCUAUUUAUUGCUAUACAGGGUUGUCGUGAAAAUGUUUAAAUUUUGAGAUUAUACAGGACCAUUUAAGGUAUUGGCUUUGAUUAGAAAAAAAAAUGGCUACAAGUUAAGUUUGGGUAACAUCAGAAUCUCACUGAUUGAAAGGAAGUAGGUAGUUACAGAUCAGCCUUAAUUGCUGGAAGUGUUUGUUCUGUAUUUCUUGUUUCAUUUUUCACUUCUAAUUUAUUUUGUAUGAACUAUAUCGUUUUUUGUUGAGAAUCUUAAAAAUAUGAUAUCAUCGUCCAAAACUACCUGGUUGUCAGGUUAUUAAAUUAUUUUUCAGUAGCUUCACGUUAAUGUUCGACGAAAUUCACUUAAUAUAAAUACAAUAUAUCUCUUCUUUCAGGUCCUAUACAGGUUGUUUCAUUAAUAAUUGUCCAUAUAGUAACUGGAUCAACCUUAGCACAAAAUACGAAGGUUUAACAUAAAACACUUCAAUAAAAUAUUUCUCCUUAUCGAAAUACAGAGUGCUUUAUUACAAAUACCUAUUCUAAAAUGAUUUUAGGCCAUUGUUUUAACACCUUCCAAUAUUUUUUGUUCAAACUUGACAAACAGUUUACACAUAUUAGGAUAGUUUAACUAGUGUUAAAAUAUAGUUUUCCGCUGUUACCAGAGGCGUGCUGUAGGGAUAUAUACUUCCUUCCCCCCCCCCUCACAAUCUACGCCACUGUCGUAAUAAUCAUUUCAGCAUGUUUUUUUAUUCUUCGUUACUUUUUACGUAAAUAUCAUCCUUUUGUCUCAACGCGAUAGAGUAGUAGUUUUCAAGUUAUUUGCGUUUAAAUAAAUUGAUUCAAUAAGAUUAUGUGUUUAAAAUACACAAUAUUUUUGAAUCCAUUACCUUUAAACGCAAAUAACUUGAAAACUACUUACUCUAUUACAUUUAAACAAGAGGAUAUUUACGUAAAAAGUUAUAAGAAUCAAAAAAACAUGCCGAAACGAUUAUUACGACAGUGGCGUAGAUUGUGACGGGUAAAAGAAGUAUAUAUCCCUACAAGACGCCUUUGGCAACAGUGAAAAACUAUCUUUUAACACCAGUUAAAGUAUUCUAACAUGUGUAACCUGUUUGUCGAGUUUGAACAAAAAAUAUUGGAAGGUGUUAAAACAAUGGGCUAAAAUUAUUUUAGAAUAUUCGUGUAAAACACUCUGUAUCUAGAUAAGUAGGAAUAUUUUACUUAAGUGUUUUAUGUUAAAUCUUCGUAUUUUGUGCGAAGGUUUCUCCGGUUACUAUAUGGACAAUUCUUAAUGAAACUCCCUGUAUAUUUUUUUAAACCUUUCGCUGAUUUAUUUAAUAGCUACAAUUUAAAAACUUUUGGGCAGGAUCUUGUUCUCUUACAAAGCCCUUUCUUUAGGCUCUCAGUUUUUUCAAAUAUAUUUUAAGAAUAAAACACAAAUUGAAAAAUAAAAUCUUUUUUUAUCUUUCAGUAUCCAGGUCGAAAAAGCUUUUGUUAAAAUUAUACAUUUUAUUUACUUAUUUUUCCAAUAGUUUCCGAUCUGAAACCGAAAAGUUAAUAAUAAAAACCCCCUGUAUAAUUUUUCUAGUCAGCUUGAAACUGGAAUGCCAUUGGUCCUAUAAUGAUAGUGUGUCGGCUCAUGUUUGUAUUGAUUUUGUUUGAGAUGUGAAUCGUAUGUCCCUUUGUCAUUGUUUGUGAUAUUUUUAUGAACGCCCUGUAUAUUUAUACACAUAACUAGUAUAAUAACCGAAUCUCACAAUUACUAAUAAUUAAUAAUAAAUAAUGUAAUGAAUGCAGUCAACUAAUUAGUAUUUAAGUUUGUUUUUGAUUGAAAAGAAAUAAGAGUUGAUCAGGAAUACAAUUAUUUGGCAGCAAAAACCCAGACUCAUUUAGUUAUAUAUAACGUUUAGCUAACUUUUAGCACUUACUUUAUUGUAUUUAUUUCUUUUUUUAAUGUCUAAUAAAAAGAGAAAAUGUUA